GCGCCUGCGCGCCAGCGGAGCGCGCGGAGACCUCUGGGAAGGCGGCUCGACUCCGCCUCUCAGUUGAGGGCUUUGGAGGCCGCAUCUGCUGCGCCGCUCCUCCCACGAUGGCUACCCUGGUGGUAAACAAGCCUGGAGCGGGACUAGACGGCGGCCGGCAGGGCAGUCGAGGGGCCGCCGUGGUGAAGGUGCUGGAGUGUGGAGUUUGUGAAGAUGUCUUUUCUUUGCAAGGAGAGAAAGUUCCUCGCCUUCUGCUUUGUGGCCACACAGUCUGUCACGACUGUCUCACCCGCCUCCCUCUUCAUGGAAGAGCAAUCCGUUGCCCAUUUGAUCGACAAGUAACAGACUUAGGAGAUUCAGGUGUCUGGGGAUUGAAAAAAAAUUUUGCUUUAUUGGAGCUUUUAGAACGACUGCAGAAUGGACAUAUUGGUCAGUAUGGAGCUGCAGAAGAAUCUAUUGGAAUAUCUGGAGAGAGCAUCAUCCGUUGCGAUGAAGAUGACGGUCACAUCGCGUCUGUAUAUUGCACUGUGUGUGCAACUCACUUGUGCUCAGAAUGUUCCCAAGUUACUCAUUCUACAAAGACAUUAGCAAAGCACAGGCGCGUUCCUCUAGCUGAUAAACCUCAUGAGAAGACCAUGUGCUCUCAGCACCAGGUGCAUGCCAUUGAGUUUGUUUGCUUGGAAGAAGGUUGUCAAACUAGCCCACUCAUGUGCUGUGUCUGCAAAGAAUAUGGAAAACACCAAGGUCACAAGCACUCAGUAUUGGAGCCAGAAGCUAAUCAGAUCCGAGCAUCAAUUUUAGAUAUGGCUCAUUGCAUACGGACCUUCACUGAAGAAAUCUCAGAUUAUUCCAGAAAAUUAGUUGGAAUUGUCCAGCAUAUUGAAGGAGGAGAACAAAUAGUGGAAGAUGGAAUUGGAAUGGCUCACACAGAACAUGUACCAGGUACUGCAGAGAAUGCUCGGUCAUGUGUCCGAGCUUAUUUUUCUGAUUUACAUGAAACUCUGUGUCGUCAAGAAGAAAUGGCUCUAAGUGUUGUUGAUGCUCAUGUUCGUGAAAAACUAAUUUGGCUCAGGCAGCAGCAAGAAGAUAUGACUAUUUUGUUGUCCCAGGUUUCGACAGCCUGCCUCCAUUGUGAAAAGACUUUGCAGCAGGAUGAUUGUCGAGUUGUCUUGGCAAAACAGGAAAUUACAAGGUUACUGGAAACAUUGCAGAAACAGCAGCUGCAGUUCACUGAGGUUGCAGAUCACAUUCAAUUGGAUGCCAGCAUCCCUGUCACUUUUACAAAGGACAAUAGAGUUCACAUUGGACCAAAAAUGGAAAUUCGAGUUGUUACAUUAGGAUUAGAUGGUGCUGGAAAAACUACUAUUUUGUUUAAGUUAAAACAGGAUGAGUUCAUGCAGCCCAUUCCAACAAUUGGUUUUAAUGUGGAAACUGUAGAAUAUAAAAAUCUAAAAUUCACAAUUUGGGAUGUAGGUGGAAAACACAAAUUAAGACCAUUGUGGAAACAUUAUUACCUCAAUACCCAAGCCGUUGUGUUUGUUGUUGAUAGCAGUCACAGAGACAGAAUUAGUGAAGCACACAGUGAACUUGCAAAAUUGUUAACAGAAAAAGAACUCCGAGAUGCUUUGCUCCUGAUUUUUGCUAACAAACAGGAUGUUGCUGGAGCAUUGUCAGUAGAAGAAAUCACUGAACUUCUCAGUCUUCAUAAACUAUGCUGUGGCCGUAGCUGGUAUAUUCAGGGCUGUGAUGCUCGAAGUGGUAUGGGACUGUAUGAAGGUUUGGACUGGCUCUCACGGCAACUUGUGGCUGCUGGAGUACUGGAUGUUGCCUGAUUUAAAUGCGACAGUUGUUUAAAGCUUGUGGCUAAGAGUUAUUUUGCACAUAAUAUGUUGUAAGAAGUUCUACAUCCAAAGAUGAUAAUUUAGGAUGUGUAUAUAAAAGGAAUCUUGGAUUGGGAAGUCAGUACCUUCAUUAAUUCUUUAAAAAAUUGUUUUGGGGCACAAUUUAAACAUCUAAUUGAGCAGGUUAGAUUGAAUUAAGAGAUUUCUUGAAUAUGCAUUCUUUUAAAAACUACAUUUGUUAUUUAAGUUUUUCAGAUUAUCUGUGACCCAUAUAUUGCAAAAGUAGUAGUCACAGAGAAAGGUAAGUGAAGGUUUAUUCUUUCAGUGAUAAAAGAAUAGUCAACUGAGUGCCUAAUGAAACCUGUGUGAAGCAAAAGAAGUAUAGCUUCUUUAACCUGCCUUUUCACAGAAUCUUGGCAGUAUUUAGUUGUAGAUAUGGCAGCUGCUUAAGGAAAUAAAAUCCAAACUACAUCUUUGAGUAUUAGGAUUACUUUACGUUUAUGUUCAGUAUAACAUCUUUAAUGCUAAGAACUAUACGCUAUAGAAAAUUAAUAUUUUAUACAGUGUUUUAUUAAAACUUUCUCCUAAAGCAUUUUGUAUAAAUACAGACAGAAUGAAGUUAUCUAAAUAGGCCUGAUAGUUAGGUUAGUAAUAAGUUGAAGAAUAAUUAACAAUACAAUUGUAGAAGUCACUUGAUCUUCACUUAUGAAAGACCUAUUUCCAGAACUGAACCUAGGCUUAUUUUCUAGGUCAGAGCUCUAAAUUGGUCCUUCUUUUGUUCAACAUAUUUAAACUACUUAGAAGUGUUUCUUUCUAAAAUAAUAUUGCAUCCUUUGUGGAAAUGACUGUAGGGAAAAUGUAGUAAGUUACACAGAGAACUAGCGUUGGCUACAUAAAAGAGACUUAAGUAGAAAACUACCUUUACCUUAAGAGAAGUUGUUUAAACAGUGAAGAAUGCGUAUUACCUAUUAAAAUAUUUCCCAAAAUAAGUGAAUUUAUCUUGACAAUAAAACAUGAUAAAGUCUCUUCAUGACAAGGCCUUGAUAAGUUAUUUAAGAAGAAAAAUAUCUAAGAAGGAAAAGAUAUAUUCAAAAAGUUUAUAUUAAUUAUUCAGUAUUGUGAGUAAAUAAAAAUUUUGCGCUCUUUACUGUUUUCCACUUUUAAAGGAUAAUCUUAUUAUGAAAGCACGAUUUACUAUAUUUAAAUAGCUAGAUUGAGAUUUUGCAUUUUUAAAAAUGUUCUUGUAAUUUCGAAUGAAGUUAAAUCUGAAAUAUUAGAAUUGUUACAAGGACAGUAAUGUAUGAUAACAAAGUGUGACUUUUAAGUGGCACUGUUUUGGUUCAGUCUUUUCAAAUGUAUUUUUGUUUGUUUAAAAACAAACUUUCAGAAAACAAAGCAUUAAAAAAGCCCAUCAGUAUUAUGGGCAAUAUGUAAAUAAGUAAAUAUAAUAUUUUGUCCUUUAUUUUACAAGUAAAAGGCCAUGCUGUUACAAGUAUAGUUUGUGUGCAUAAGUAAUACUUCUGAAUUAAAUUAUUUAAUAUUUGACUGAUGUUAAUAACUGUGAAAAAUAAACAAGGUAUCGCAUUUGCCUGUGAGCUCUUGAACUGUUUUCUCUACUAGGUAAUUAAAAAGUGUAACACUAACAUGUGAACUUGCUUCCCCUGUAAGUUAAGUUUAUUCCAUCAAUUUUGGUAAACUUUGUAAUUCACAUCUUGGUACAUAACUGAACACAGUUUAAAAAUUGUGCUUAGUUCUGAUCAUAAUGUAUAUAUGAUCAUGUAUAUAUGGUAAUGUGUUUGUGUAUUUUUUUUAAAGAAAUGCUUUUCUCAGUCUUCUAUUACUAUUUGUGGUUGUAUUCUUUCACUAACCAUUAGUUAAGAUUGUGUUAGUUUCCUUUGGGAAAUGUCAAAUUUAAGAAUGAGAGAGAUGUUUUAAAUACAGUAUAUUAAGACUUGCCUCCUAGCUCUGAAUUUCUGUACUAAGCUUAAAUACUAUUGUAUGGUUAUGUAAAGCAGGCUUGCCAAGUGUAUAUCCCUGGGUCUGUAAUUUAGGAAUGCUUUAUAACCACCAGAGCCAUUAUUUGCACUACAUAUAUGAUCAGUAUACACAACAAUAAAAUGUUAAAAUCAUCUUAA